GGUCUGGGGACGGCAGGCUCCAGUCAGGCAGGAGAGUCUCCGGCACCAGCAACCAUGAGACCACACCAAGCCAGCAUCUGCACCAGCAGCAGCCCUCUUCAGCUGCUUGUUCUUGCUAUUACAGCAAUGACUUUCACUUCUGCAACAAGCCAACAUAUAUCAGAGAUUACGUGCAUGUUAAUCAACCAGCAGAGUAAAGAUUCAAGAACAAUGGAGUCAUCAGUAUUUCUGGAGAUGCCUAGUAUUUCAGAAGAUCUUGGUUGUGAUUUGAGUUCUCAAAGCACAGAGAAUGUCUAUGAAACAGCAAAAAGUGUGGAAGUUGACGUGUUUGGAGACAUUGAAUUAAAAGUGAUCAUGAAUAUUUCAGAGACUAUUUCAUGCCUUUGGGUCUUCAAAGAGAACCAAGCUGACUGCAAACCCUCAUUGGACUCAGAAAACCGAUAUGUUGUUUCGCUGGCCUUUGCAAAAAUAAAAGAAACUCAAGCUGGAAAAUACACCCUUGCAGUUCAAAGUGAAAACAGUAACUACACAAUAAUGUUUCCAGUUCUUGUAAGGAGUAAACCAAGGAAGCCCUAUUUUGUAAAAAGUGAAAACUUGGGCAUUAUAAACUGCAUAUCCGAAAGCUACCCUACACCAGAUAUCGAAUGGUUAUUUUGCAGAACACCUGAUGACAGUUGCAUCAAUACAAAUCGUAAAGACAGUAAAAGAAAUGGGAAAGUAUAUGGAGUCCAGGAGGUGCCACGUGGAUAUUCAGCAAAUAAGUUAUUUCAAACAGACAUAUGGUGCUGCGCAACUAAUGAGCUGGGCAGAGAAUGCAGCAAGCUGUAUACAAUAGAUCUAAAUGAAAAACUUGGAGGAUCUUUACCAGAACUCCUUCUUAAAGUUGGGGAGCCAUUACUGAUAAGAUGUAGAGCUUUCUAUGAAAACUAUAAAUUCAGAUUGAAAUGGCAUUUUGAAAACAGAGAAUUACAACAGGAGCGCUGGUUUGAAGAAACAGACUAUCAACAAGACUCCUCUAUGGUACGGAUUCUCUAUGCAUUUGUCUCAUCAAUGGGAAGAAGUGAUAAUGGACAUUACACCUGUUCUUCCACAGAACAUCCAAAUAAAACAACUUUGGUUACAGUCUUAGAAAAGGGAUUUAUAAAUGUAACUGACUCAAGAGAAGAUUUUGAGAUUGAUCUGUUGGAAAAGUUUUGUUUUGAAAUUAAACUUAAAGCAUACCCACCAAUUAGAUGUAUAUGGAUUUUUUCCCAAAAAUCAUUUCCUUGUGAGCAAAGAUACAAUGCAGAUGGAUACAGCAUUUCUUCAAGGUUCUGUGAUCAUAAUUAUCAGUCAGGGGAGUACGUAUUCUAUGCGGAAAAUGAUGAUACAUAUGUGAAUAAAACAAUGAUGUUGUAUGUGAAACGGAAACCUGAAGUAACAAUACAGUCAACAUCAAAAGAUAUUUCUUGCUACUCUGAUAGUUACCCUGCACCAUCUUGGACCUGGAGGAAAUGUCCAGGACCCGAUUCUUCUAAUUGUACAGAAGAAAUCACAGAAGGGAUUUGGAGUGACACACAUGAGAGGAAAACUUUUGGGUCCUGGCAUUCCAGCAGCAUUUUAGAUAUACAGGAUACAGUGAUAGGCUUUUCCGUUGAGUGCUGUGCAAACAAUUCUGUUGGCUCAUCCUGUGCGAAGAGAUUCAUUAACCAACAAGGAGCUGUUUUUUCCCUCCAAGAUAAUGUUUCAUUCUAUGCAACCACUGGAUUUUGCCUUCCAGUUAUAGCUGUUUUGCUUAUAUUUAUUUUUCAUAAAUACAAAAAGCAAUUUAGAUAUGAAAGCCAAAUGCAAAUGAUACAGAUAGUUGGUCCUUCAGAUAAUGAGUACAUCUACAUUGAUUUCAGUGAAUUUGAAUAUGAUCUCAAAUGGGAGUUUCCAAGAGAAAAUCUGGAAUUUGGGCAGGCACUUGGCUCUGGUGCCUUUGGAAAAGUGGUGAAUGCGACAGCUUAUGGAAUUAGUAAAACAGGAGUUUCAGUCCAAGUUGCAGUCAAAAUGCUAAAAGAAAAAUCUGACCCUUCUGAAGAAGAUGCUCUAAUGUCAGAGCUCAAAAUGAUGACUCAUAUUGGAAGCCAUGAAAACAUUGUGAAUCUGUUAGGGGCUUGCACCACAUCAGGACCAGUUUACUUGAUUUUUGAAUACUGUUGCUAUGGUGACCUGCUGAACUACUUAAGGAACAAAAGAGAAAUAUUUCACCGGACAUGGACAGAUAUCUUCAAACAGCACAAUUUCAGCUUUUACCACAAUUUCCAUUUGGAUCGAAACUCCAGACAGGGGACAACAUUAAAAAAUGGAUCAUAUAUUUCAUUGUGUAGAAUGGAUGACUUUGGAGGAAUGCAACUAAGGCAAGACUCAGAUUUGACCUCUGGAUCAAAUGGGAUUACAUUAUAUUCGGAGGAAGAAGAAAUUAAAUAUAUCAAUAGAAGGGUGUAUGAAGAGGAAGACUUCAAUAUGCUCACCUUUGAAGAUCUUCUCUGCUUCUCAUAUCAAGUUGCCAAAGGAAUGGAGUUUCUUGAAUCAAAAUUGUGCAUUCACAGAGACCUGGCUGCCAGGAAUGUAUUAGUGACCUGUGGAAAAGUAGUGAAAAUAUGUGACUUUGGUCUAGCUAGAGAUAUAAUGAAUGACUCUAACUACGUCAUCAGAGGCAACGCUCGGUUACCAGUCAAAUGGAUGGCUCCUGAAAGCUUAUUUGACAGGAUAUACACAAUUAAGAGUGAUGUCUGGUCUUAUGGAAUAUUACUGUGGGAAAUAUUCUCUCUCGGUGUGAAUCCUUACCCUGGAAUUCAGGUUGAUUCAAACUUCUACAAACUCAUUCAAAGUGGAUUUAAAAUGGAUCAGCCAUUUUAUGCUACAGAAGAAAUAUACUUUGUAAUGCAGUCCUGUUGGGCUCUGGACUCUAGAAAAAGACCUUCCUUUUCACAGCUGCGUUCCCUUUUAGCACGGCAGCUGGCUGAUGCAGAAAGAGCGGUCUAUCAAAAUAUGGAGAGCAAUAUUUCUACACACCCUUCCAAUUCCAAAACCAGACCACCUGUGAGCAGGAAAAAUGAACGUCUUCCAUCCACUGAUGCAUCCCAGGAUGAAGAUUCUCAGAUAAAAAAAUAAUCCAGUUUCUGGACUUUACCUAGAAAUUCAUAUAAGUGUUGUAUAUGAUUAAUGUUUUAUGUCACCACUAUAAGUAAACAGAUUAUUAGCUGCUGCUAUAUUAGCAUUUCUUACAGGCAAUUCCAUCAUCUCAUACCAUGAAGGGAACCUUUAUUCAAAAUCAUUAUUUUAAGUCCAGAAAAUGCAUUUACCACAAGCCAGAAGCAGUAUGUAUUUUUAAUCAAUGACUUUUUGAUGCAUCUACAACUGAAAACCUUCCAGUAACAGCUUUAUGGAAGCUGUAUUUAAUCAAGGUAUUACAUUCAAACUACUGUAAGCUGCAUUAUAAGCAAACAUGAAAAUCUUAAGGCAUUUUCAAACUUACGAGCUUUAAAGUCAGGUAUCUAAAUCCUAGGGCUCUGAUUUUUCAGAAGUGCUUCUUACACACAGCUCCCAUUGAAGUUAAUGAGGCUUGAGAGUACACAGCACCUUUGCAAAUCAGGCCACUUUAUUUAAAGACCUAACUGUAAGCACCUGUGUUUGAAAAUGUUGGCCGUUAUUGCCAAGAACCUAAUAUGUUUUUUUUGAGUAUUUCUGAUCAUUUGAUUAUGAAUCUUUUCAUUCCUUUACAUUUCCUGUUAGAUGUACAGCUUGAGUUCUUAUACUUCUGCCAGAUGGACACACUUCAUUUUUAAUGAGGUUAUUCUUGGUCCUAAUUUAGGGGCAUAAUCUCAUCUCUAUGAUUCAGCAACCAUUCAACUCCCAGGAGUUUUAAUGAGAGUUACAUGUACGAAUCCCACUGCACUGAGAUGAGAAUAUACCUCUCUAUCUCCUUUCCUGCUUUCCUAUGAGAAAAAUCCCUGAGGUGAUUGUUCUUCAUAUAGAUUUGGAGAUAUAUUAUUUUCCUGUUGAUGAUAUGGGAUGUGUUGGCACAACUUCUAGGAAUGCUAACCAGAGAUGUGUGCAUAACUCCCAGUGAAUCAAGAAGAGAAUAUGCUUUUUUAACCAUUUUUCUCUUUCUGCCCUACAAGAAUUGCUAACCACGUUCAGCACUUUCUUUGGUAACUUCAGUAGGUGUAUCAUUAUUUUGAUUAAAUGUUACCCCAUAAAUUAUGGUACUAUUUACUAACAAACUCCUGACAAUAAUUAAUAAAUCUGUUCUUGUACAGCAAUAAUGCAUUGCAUAUCUAGGUUAACAUUUAUUACUGGAUUAUCAGAUGGCAAUGUUUUAUACCAGAUAUAAAAUCCUGCCUUUGAAAUGCAA